GAAAGUUGCGCCCUAGCUGCGCAAUUUCUGGACUGAGCCACUCAAAAUCAGAUUUCAAGUCGCAAACCCUAAAUUCUGAAACCGAAGUAAGGCUACAGAGAUACACACUUCAAGAAAGCUUUGCAAAAAGUUUCACUUGCUUGAACGUGAAUACUGAACAGCAUUGCCCCUGGAGUUCUGCGCACCAUGAGAGCUAGCUUGCAGCAGGCUGCUGGUGCCAGGAAUCUCCCAGCAGCGCUCAUAUCGUUUCCUUGAUGUAAAGAAACUCCUACUUGAGGAGGGCAGCCGCUUACAAGGUGCUUCAAUAUUCUGAAAGUAAGGUGACUCGUUGCUCAAGUCGUGGAUCGUUCUGCCCUGGACGAGAGUCGGGGUCUACUUAGUAGAAUAAGAUACUCCAUGGAAGACUCCAAUCACAUCUAACAUCAGGCUAGUCAGCGAUUCAAGCGGAGCUCACUUUUGCAACUAGGUAUCCUUCACCUUAUUACUUUCAUCGAGGGGUUUAUUUCAAGAGGAGCAAUGAACUCGGGACCUUCGGGCUUCUACAAUGCCCCGGUGACGAAGGCCAUCAUCCUGACAUCAGCCGGGCUGUCUCUUCUGGGGGGGCUGCAUGGCACUGCCAGGCUUUUGAGCCUGUCGUACGAGUGCAUCUUCCGGCGGCACGAGCUGUGGCGCCUACUUACGUCUGCCACCAUCUUCUCGUCUACGCCUGAGAUCCUGUUUGGGCUCUACCUGGUGUACUUCUUCCGCAUCUUUGAGCGUCAAGUGGGGUCCAACAAGUACACGAUCUUCGCUUUGAGCUCGACCAUCUUGUCAACGGCUUUCCAGUUGGCGAGUCUGGUAGCCCUCGAGGGACGCUUCAGUGGUGACCUGUUGACCCUGUGCUCGGGCCCUUAUGGCCUCAUCUUUGCAUCGUUCGUCCCUUUCUUCUUUGACAUCCCAGUGUCAGCUCGCUUCUCGGUCAUGAGCCUCAAGUUCUCGGACAAGUCAUUUGUCUACCUGGCGGGUCUUCAGCUGCUCCUGUCUUCCGGCCGCCAGUCCAUCAUCCCGGGGAUCAGUGGCCUCCUGGCAGGACUUACCUACCGCUCAAACGUGUUUGGUAUUCGCCGUCUCAAGUUCCCGGACUUCAUUUCUUCCUUCGUGGAGCGCACUUUUUCGUUCCUCAUUUCUCGGACGCCCCCCACUGCCUCGGGUGGGCGGGUGGCCGGGCCGGGCGCUCCGGGCACCGGGCCAACAAUAGCGAGAAGGCUGGGGGGCCCUUCUCAAGGCUUCAGUGACCAGCUGAUUGGCGGGAACGGAGGACUGCCUGGUGGCCCUUUUCUGGCACCACAAACAGGUCUGGGAGUUGCUGCCACGGCUGCAGCCUCACCCGCGCCCCCCCCGCCGGAAGAGGCUGUCCAAACCCUUGUGUCUAUGGGCUUUGACAGAAGUCAGGCGGUGCGGGCACUGGCACAAGCCCGAAACGAUGUACAUAUGGCCACGAACCUGCUUCUUGAGGGCGUUGGUUUCUAAUACUAGUACUUCGAUAAUAUGAUUCAUGAAGUCCGACUGAUUUCAAUGUCUUACCGUACGAUGUCAAUACGUAAGUUCAAGUCUCAACGUGGUUCAAAG